AUAAAAAUGACAGCGAGCGAACGCGUGUUUUCAGAUUUAUCUCGUUGGAACGACGUUUUUUGAAGGAUGACGGUUUUAUAAGCGGUAAUAAGCGCUCAGUGGAGUUUUCUAGCAUGGAGCUGGCGUUAGUUACCGUUAGCCCGCGUCCGCUGUUAGCCGGCUUUUUAGAGCAGUUUUCGGCAACUUUAUUUGAUUUAAUUUCUUAAAUACUGACAAUAUUGUUGUGAUUUAACGCAUAUGUUGUGUAUAAAACGUGUCGAAGUGACGCUGUUUGUGCUGUACAGGCCUCGGGAUGGGCCGAGAGCGCGUUCACGGGGUUUGUGUAAUUUUUUUUAACAUCCGGGUAGCGACGAGUCGUUCAUGGACGAAUCGUUUAAUGUGACUCAGAAGAACGACUCAGAGUGAUUCCUUCAUUUUCUACUCGAUGCGCAUGCGCAAGCUUUCCAUAGGUUAUGUACAGGAAACAUAAUUGAGUAGUCCAUCUCUUUUCAUUUAAAUUUUUUUAUUGCCAAUGUAUCAAAUAAUACAUACAGAAUGCAUGCAUCAUCUUUAUCAGAAGCAUCAAUAUUAAGCUCAUAAAAUGAUCUGGGUUUUCUCUGAAUUUUUUCUGUUUCUAAUUGUUUUCUUGGAGAUUGGAAAUUAAGGGAAUUUUUGUGCAAAUUACACAGGAAAUAAAAUAAUGUAUGAAUGGAAAACUGUAAUUCUUUCCUCACAAUGUCCAUUCUUUUUAAAAUAUCGGUAUGUGUAUCUGCGACCAAAUCAGUUUCUUCUUCUCUGUCUACUGAUCUGAUAUUUCAGACUAACACUCUGAUUAUCCAAUUAAAGAACGACAGUCGGCACCUCGCAGUCUGAUUGGAACAGUGCUCACAGUUCUGGUCUGAAACACACAAUCUGAUUGGAUAGAAACUCAUACAGACAAAAGCUAUGAAGGCGAAGAGAAUAGACUAGAAUAGAAUAAUUGAAUACAUAUUUAUGGACAGAAAUUUAUUAAGUCAGUGAUUCUGAUAGACUUGAGGCAAUCUGAGAAGACCUUGCUGGCCCUGAUGGUCCUACACUGGUAAUACUGCAAUGCAAUGCUUUAAAGCUCGCUAAAUCAGAACAGAUCCAGUCCGACUGUCCCGAAGUUACAAACACACAAUUUACACAAAACCACUUCAUUAAACUGCACCAUUUUUUACAUGAGGAUUAAACAGUUUCUCCUCACCGUGCUGAUGUUUCACCUUCAGCUGUGACACCACCGUGUUUUAUUUUUACGUGCUCGUGCAACACUGUGGUACUUCUAUCCCACAAAAGCUCAACUUUGCAAUAACUUCCAGAUGGCGGCGAUCCGUAAGAAGCUGGUGAUCGUCGGGGAUGGCGCUUGUGGAAAGACAUGCUUAUUGAUCGUGUUCAGUAAAGACCAGUUCCCCGAGGUUUACGUCCCCACCGUGUUCGAGAAUUACGUCGCCGACAUCGAGGUGGACGGAAAGCAGGUGGAGCUUGCUCUGUGGGAUACUGCCGGUCAGGAGGAUUACGAUCGCCUGAGGCCGCUCUCGUACCCGGACACGGACGUCAUCCUCAUGUGCUUCUCUAUAGACAGUCCUGAUAGCUUGGAGAACAUUCCAGAGAAGUGGACGCCAGAAGUGAAGCAUUUCUGUCCGAACGUCCCCAUCAUCCUCGUGGGGAACAAGAAGGACCUGCGGAACGACGAGCACACUCGACGAGAGCUCUCCAAGAUGAAACAGGAGCCCGUAAAACCUGAAGAAGCUCGCGACAUGGCGAACCGGAUCAACGCUUUCGGUUAUCUAGAAUGCUCGGCGAAGACGAAAGACGGCGUCAGGGAAGUGUUCGAAAUGGCCACCAGGGCGGCGCUGCAGGCCAAGAAGCGCGGCAAGAAGAACGGCUGCCUGUUGUUAUAGACAUGCCGAUCCAAACUACAGGGCUGGUCGGAGGAUCUUUAACUCCGCCGCGGUGAAACAGGGAGGGAGGGGCGGGGUUUAAUUCCCAUGAUACUGAUACAGCCAAUCAGAGACGGGGUUGAUUUAGAGAAGCCGCGAUCCAUGAUAAGGACGUCUGAAACAGCGUAGAGAUUCGGCAUUAAUCUGUCAUUACGAAGCCCAGAAUAGGGCCUCAUUUCAGUAAUGGUUUUAAUACCCUCUUGUCCAUUUUCCCUUGAAGGCACUGCUGCACCGUCAACAUGUGUGCGAUGAGAAAUAACGUAUAUAUUAUAACGUUUAAUUAUAUUCUAGCUAGUUUACAAGCCAGUAAUACUUUAUAUUUAAGGGGAAGUGAACAAGGGUGUGAGGAUCUCAGUUUUGGUACCCAGUGCAGGGUCUAUUUGUUUUUUGUUUUUUUAAGACUUCCUCUGAGAUUAGUUUUUUUUUAAAGGAAUCCGUCAUUAGGACUUUUUUUUUUUUUUUUUGGUCUCCACUGUUUUUCAUCCUGAUCUCUUUUCCUGUCUUCAGUGACUGUGUUGAACUGACUGUACGUAUGUUUGUAUAUGUGUGUAUAUGAAUGCAUGCGCAUCUUUCUUUGUAAAUGAGUGUAUUUAGACUACCCCCAUUACCCUUUUUCCCUCCCUAUACCUGGUGUCUUACAGGAUUCUGGGCUGUACAUUAGUGAUCUGAUACGUUUGGCGUUCGGGUUUCAUGUUAUUUAAAAAAAAAAAGAAGCAUACGGUUUUUUAAACAUUGCAUUUAGAAAAAUAAAAUUAAAUUGAAAAAGCCA